CAAAGUUUAAGGAUUUAUACAACUAAACAAAAAAAAAAAAGAGAAGUUAAGGUUCCACAACAUACAUAGGAGUGGAAAAGCCCCUCUAAGAAUAAGAACACACACAACAAUCUCUCCUUUACGCAAUCAUACAACCAUCCACUACAACCUCCACCACCACCACACCCCAGAAAGGAAGAAACCACAAAAGAAAGAACACAACAACAUCCAACCACAGAGUGGGUGGAAAAGGAAGAAAACGUCAAUAUAUAUAUAUAUAUACAUAUAUAUUCGAUUAUAUAAAACAUACACACAACACCACGCCGAUAAAUAAGCAAAACAAAAGAAACAAACAGAACCUGUUGCUGGCAACAAUGACUACCCUAGAGGAGCAUAUCGUCUUGGCCCCCGUGGAGGCGGUGAAGUCGUCUCACGUGUCGCUGUGCGACGAGGUAACCAAUCAAUCGGUCCUUGACACGGACACGGAUGUGAGCAACACGAGCAGCAGCUCGAGCAGUUCCAGCAGCUCGAGCAGCUCUAGCUCGGGCACGGACACGGACACCGGCAAGGGCAGCAGCACCGUGGGCAGCCUCGAUGUGACCAGCGUUAGUUCGUCGAGCAUCGGGUCGGUGGGUUCGAUCACAUCGCCGGCCCCAUCAACGGCCAAUUCGAAUACAUCGUCGGGCCUGGGCAUGGGCCUGGGUCUGGUGGUGGACAUAGAUAGCGCGGCGAGCAGUCAGGAGUUGAGCAGCCAUGGCGUCACCGAGCUAGACUCGCUGGAGGACUCGUGCGGCAGCCUCAUCAAGGAUGGGGAUAAGCUCUGUAAAUUGUGCAGCUCUCGGCUGGUUAUGCCUCGCAUCUUGACCUGCCUGCAUGUCUUUUGCGAGGAUUGUCUACAGGCCCUGGUGGCCACAGAUUCGAUGUCGGCCAGUUCGCCCAAUAGCUGUUCUUCAUCGUCCUUUGACGGCAGCGAGCAUCAGCACCGUUUGCCCACGCUGUUGGAGUGUCCCGUCUGCAAGGACAUCACACGACUGGGCCCCAAAGGGGUCAAGGGACUCACAUGCGAUUACAUUGUGACCAAUAUACUGGAUCUAUCGAACCUCGAAUCGGAGCAGAUACCCUGCACCUCGUGCAAAAGCAAGGAAGAGGCCAUAUCCCGGUGCAAUGAUUGUGCCAACUUCUUGUGCAACGGCUGCGACAAUGCCCACAAGUAUAUGCGUUGCUUUGAGAACCAUCAGGUGGUGCGCAUCGAGGAUCUACAGAAGAACGUCCAGGACAAGCUGUUCAUCCACAAGCCCGUUUGCUGUAGCCAGCAUGUUAGCGAGAAUCUCAAAUACUAUUGCUUCACGUGCCAGGUGCCCACCUGCAAUGAUUGUCUGCUGGGCGAUCACAAGGGCAGCGAUCAUCACUACGAGACGGCCGUCGUGGCCGAGCAGGCGGUGCGCGCCGAUCUGGAUGACAUCAUUACCGCGACUCUAAAGAAGGCCGACUACUGCAAUGAUGCCACCGGGAAUCUGAGCAGCGCCCUCACCGAACUGCAAGCACAAAACGACAUGGUUCAUCAGCAGAUCGAGGAUAGCUACAAGAUGUACAAGCGCAUGCUCGAGAAAGUCAGAGACGAUCUGAUCAACGAACUGGGGCGCCUACACUCCGAUCGCGAGCUCAAGAUCAUGGAUCUCAUGCAGAGUCUGGAGAACAAUUCGGGCCGGUUGCAGCAGGCAGCACAGUUUGGACAGCGGGCCACUGACAAGGGCAAUGCCGUGGAGUUUCUGCUUCUGAAGCCCCUCGUCGCAGCCCAGUGCAAGAAGCUGAUGGAUCAGACACCCAAAUGCGACAUCAACUACCAGAUACAGUUUGAGACAAAGCCGGAAAGGUUCGAGCAGUUCGCCCGCAAUAUGUUUGGUAAAUUUGAGACCGAAUCCAGCUGCAGUCCGGUGGAUACGCCCAAGCCAUUGUCUCCGGUGCCAUCGUCGCACCAUCAGCACCAGCAGCACUCGCAGCACUCGCAGCAGCAGCAGCAACAGCAACAGCAACAGAUGCAGUCGCAGAUCCAAUUGCAAUCGCAAUCGCAGCAUCAUUCGACGCCUCUGAUUGUGGGCCAUGGCCAUGGCCAAGGUGGGAGCUCCUCCACGCGCGGCAGCUCCUCCGUACAGGGACGCCUCAGUUCGGCUGUGUUCAGUCCCAAUUCGUUGCCAUCCUCGCUGCAGAGCUCCUUCGAUGGGGAUAACUCGGCCAUGACUAGCUUCUCGCUGAUGAGCACUCUGCCACCGGACUCGCCCUCGCAGCUGCAACAGGCGCCCCAGUUGCCGCCGCUCCCACAAAUGCCCCAGAUGCCACAGCUGCCUCAGAUGGCGCAGCAACAGGCACAGCAACAGCAGGCGCAGCAGCAGCAGCAACAACAGACACAGCAGCAGGCGCAGCAGCAGCUACAGCAGAAGCAGCACCAGCAUCAACAACAGCAGGCACAGCAGCAACAGGCGCAGCAGCACCAGCAGCAGCAACAACAAGUGGUACUCCAUCAACCGCAGACGCAACAGCAGCCCAUGCCACCGCAAAUCGCCCAACUGGUGACGCCUCAAGGCAUUGUGCAAGUGCAGCAGCAGCAGCAGCAGGCUCCUCAUGUCAAUCUGAAUACCGGACCUGGACCCAACAUGGCCGCACUUAAUGGCAUGGCCGGAGGCGGCGGUGGUGGCCCACCCUCGUCCUUUAGCAUGCUGGAAUACAAUAUCUCAAGGCUGGCCAGUCUUAACGAAACAAUGUCCGAUUCCCUGACCGAGGCAUUGGCCGUGGGCGGUGCUACUGCCGUACCGAAUGUGGCUCAGGUAACCGCUGGCCCAGCUGUGCCCGGCGGCGCCGGAGCUUCGCACCACCAACAGCAGCAGCAGCAGCAACAGCAGCAGCAGCAGCAGCAGCAGCAACAGCAGGCUGUUAUGCCCGCCUCUGCGGUGACGCCCAGUCAACCAAUCACUUUGGCGGACAUUCUGUCCGGCGAUCAGCGGGCUCUCAACAAUCUUCAGGCCCUGGCCAAAUUGGGACUCAAUAAUAAUGAUGAUCUGUUGUUGAGCGAAAGCUCAUCGGGAAUUGAUUUUUUAUCAGAUUUCUGCCUGCCAGCUGCCACCUCGCCCAGCCUCCAGGCCCUCAAUCCGAUUGUCGGCGGCGUCGAGGAUAUCGGCCUCAACAGUUUCCAUGCCGUUGCCCCGCCGGGCACCACCAGUGUGGUGACAGGCCGCAACAAGGCCACACCCAUGCAGAUCAGGUGCAAAUUCGGUUCCCUGGGCACAGCCAAAGGGCAGUUUAAUUCCCCACAUGGAUUCUGCCUUGGCGUUGAUGAGGAGAUCAUCGUUGCGGAUACAAACAAUCACCGUAUCGAGGUCUUUGACAAGAUGGGUGCCCUCAAGUUCCAAUUUGGGGUAGCCGGCAAGGAGGAGGGUCAACUCUGGUAUCCCCGGAAAGUGGCUGUCAUGCAUAAUAAUGGAAAAUUUGUGGUUUGCGAUCGCGGCAACGAGCGCUCCCGCAUGCAAAUAUUUUCAAAAUGUGGGCAUUUUAUGCGCAAAAUUGCUAUCAGAUAUAUUGAUAUUGUUGCCGGACUGGCCGUCACCGCAAAGGGUCACAUUGUGGCCGUAGAUAGUGUCUCCCCCACCGUCUUUGUUAUAUCCGAAGAGGGGGAGUUGGUGCGCUGGUUUGAUUGCAGCGACUAUAUGCGUGAGCCCUCUGAUAUUGCCAUACGAGACAAUGACUUUUACGUUUGCGAUUUCAAGGGUCAUUGCGUGGCCGUUUUCCAAGACGACGGUACAUUCCUAUAUCGUAUUGGCAAUGAGAAGGUCACCUGCUUCCCCAAUGGCAUUGAUAUAUCGAAUGCCGGUGAUGUCCUCAUCGGGGACUCGCAUGGAAAUCGCUUCCAUGUGGCCUGCUAUUCGCGCGAGGGAGUCCUCCAAUCGGAGUUUGAGUGUCCCCAUGUCAAGGUUUCACGCUGCUGCGGCCUGAAAAUCACAUCCGAGGGAUAUGUGGUCACUCUGGCCAAGAACAAUCACCACGUUCUCGUGCUGAAUACGCUCUAUGUUCACUGAUUGCAAAUUAAAGCCCGCA